CAAGAAACUAAAUCAGUUCGUUCCUUUGCAGUGCAAAAAGUCACUGAAACAAAGUGUCGGAUUGAAAAAGUGCAAUGUCAGUGAAGAAUAACGUGAUUCGUUCUAAAGUGCAGUGGGCCGGAGGGGGGGUGCAGCUGACGGUUCGACAGUGAGUGAUCUGGGACCAGUGACGCCAGCAGAAUGUCAGCAGGAUCGGCAGUGGCCAUGAUUGGCGCAAACCUGCGUUUCGGGUCGGCCGGUGCGACCAACUCAUCCAUCCUCAACCACACGCGGCACUGCCCGCCGGGCGGCGCCGCCAGCGCGGCGGCCUUACUGGCGCUGUCGGGGCUGGGAAUGUCUGCUAAUCUAGCGCUGAUGACCGUCAUAUUGAGCAAGAAGCAGUUGAGGAGGUGGUCACACGGGCUACUGUUCCACCAGGCAAUAGUGGACUGCGCCCGCGCCGCCAUUUUGCUGCCGCUCGGCAUCGCCGUCUUCCGUUGCCAGCCAGUCUACAAGUGCUCGCUGGUGGAAACUGCGUUUCUACUAUUGGUAACGGUAUCAACAGUGAAUAUGUUGACUACGGUGUUGAACGACAGCCCCAUAUUUCCUGAAAAUGAAGAAGAACAAGCAGAUUUAUCCGCACCCCUGCUAAUGGACAGCCCGCAGUGCGUCCUCUUCGGCACAUUCAUGAUCUGGUUCGCAUCAAUCACGAUCAACCUCGGCCCGACGUUUCUGUCAGGUGCAUUAGCAGCCAGUGCCGGCCACUACGGAUCCUACGGGCCGGCUCCAUCUUGCCCCCUUGUCCGAGGCCCUUUCCGACACUACGUCCUCAACGCCCUCUGGAUCGGCGUCAACGCCGUAUGCGUUGGCCUCACGCUGUUCCAUCUCAAGAAACUACACAGAGACCUCACUAAGGCUAACGUAGAGGCAGUGCGAGUAGCUGGUCUAGUGACCACGCUUGUCAGCAUGGCUGCAGACAACAGGCGCAUGGACUCGCUGCCUAACAGCGUCGGACCGAGGACUGUAGAUGGAGCUUUAGCGGACGGCCAGCGCAUGCAGAGCUCGAAUCUGCCGCUGGGCGGCGGGCGGCGCCUGCGGGGGUACCUGGCGCGGGUGGAGCGGGAGGGGGUGCGCCGCGUGCGCAUGUUCGUCGUCAUCACCGCCGCGUACGUGCUGUUCUGGGGGCCGCUGUUCAUCGUGACGCUGCUGCACCACCCGGCGCUUACGUCACAUAUAGCGUAUGAGAUGUACUUCCAAAUCUCGCUGCACAUCUCGUAUGUGCACGCCGCAGUGAACCCUCUGCUGUUCAUGGCCCUGCACCGCGCGCUGCGUCGAGCGGCCCUGCAACUGUGCUGCGGGUGCUGUGUGCAUUGGAGCCAGUUUGUCCUGGCACUUACAGCUGCUGCUCAGUCACCACUGGCACCAGCCUCCUUCUCCCCAGCCGCAGCAUCUCCCGAGCCUCCCCCCGCACCGCCACCACCCAUGGCGCCCCCCGCGCCCCCGGCGCCCGCGCACUCGGUCCCCGCGCCUCACACGAUGAUGAGUUGGGAAGUUGAGGAGUGUGACGCUGAGAGUAUGUCGAGUGCGCGUGUGCAGGGAGACGAGGAUAUGAUGGGGGAGCCGUGGAGCGGCGUGCGCCGGCCCCCGCGCUCCCCGAGCCCCCUGCUGCCCGCGAUCUAAGCGGCCUCGGCCUCCGACGCGGCCAAUCUGCACCAUGCUGCGUCCUCGUAAGCCAGCGCCCGCGCCGCGGUCGCCACACAUAUCCGCGCUGCAUUUACUAUCGUCCGUGUCCAAAUAUCUAUGUAAAUAUACGUAAAACAUCAACGAAUUAUGUGUAUAUAGUUAGUAUAUUAGCGAAACAUUUGUGUACGAAGUAGUUUCUGGUUUACAUUAAAAUGGUAAAUAAUAACGGUUCUCUACCAGAGACUUGCAAGUCUUACAACCUCAAUUAUGGAGAUAAAAGUGCAAAGUUCUUUGAUUAAGGUAAAAACUAUUACGGGACUAAUUGGCUAUUGAUAAGUGAACCUUACCUGGAAUUAAACUUGUUAUAAGGUUGUAUAAUGGAAUAAGAAUUAUUCUGAGGCUAUCAGAAUGAAUCUAAUUUUAUUAUAUUUAUUCGGACUAAGUAUUUAAGGCACAGAGUUAACCAAGUAUGUACUUUAAAAUUAUGAAUGUUUAUGGUGUAUUCGAUUAAUGUGUGUUCUAAAAAUUAAGCACUUAGACAAAGUUUAUAGAGAUCUUAUUGUAUCAUAAACGUAUGUAGGUAUUUUAAAUAUUAUACACUUGUAACAUUUUAUGGAAAGCUCAAAUUCUAAACAUGAGGACAUAGCAUACAUCUCAAUCAUAUGCACUAGAAAUAGUACCGACUGGAUUCGGUCGUAGUCUAAAUAAAGAUUCUAUUUUUGUUAGUAAAAAUGCAAUCUCCUAUUAUAUAAGCAAUAUGUUCUCAAGACACCAAUUAGAUAGGGAGUGUAGUAUAAAAUAAAGAAAUACAUAUAUUUAUUAAAAUUAUGAAUCUCCUAUCACAUUGUUUUAAAUUGUUGUUUUGUAAAUACUAAAACGUACUAUUUCCACAGUUUAUAAUCUUACAGUUAGUUACAGUUAAUUUAUGAAUCUCUACCUAUUCUCCGUUAUUAAAUUAUUCGUGUGUUUUUCCUGUUCAUAUAAAAUUAUCACUAAAUCUCUGUUGUUUGUUAACAUUUCUACUCAUGUAAUUUUUAUGCAUAAAGACUGACUAUUUUUAUUUUUCUGUUUAACUGUCCUGUGUGUAUGUAUUCCUAUGAACUUAUGUAAGUAUACUAUCUUAGUUUUAAAUAUCAAGUAUAUGGCUCGAUAAGUGUAUCUCUCUUAGUAUUAAGUUACAUAUGAGUUUUGAUUUUUAUGCAUAAGUACCUAUAUCUUGUCCAGGUUGAAUUUUUUCUCAGUCAACCGUUCUUUUAUACAAAAAGUACUGUGAAGAAAUUUAAUUGAAUUUAUAACAUACCUGCAAAUAUUUGCUGACGAUCUUACUCAGGUCAACCUAGUCUGAAACUGAGUAAGGCUUGUAAUAUGAGUUGGUACAUAACGACAGGAAACAUACAAAUCUAUAUAUUAUUUUACAAUAUAUAAAUAAAUCAACACCGGGUGGGAAUUAAUACUUUGGUUUUCGACAAAUUAUUGUUCUUCUUGUUAAAGAAUUAAUUUCAUAACAAAUAUGUAUGUAGGUUAUAUUAACACACGCCAAAAUCAUUGGCAAUCUAGCAAAUAUAAACCAUAUUUGAAAACCUGGAUGUUACUUCGACAGCGUACGACGAAUCACAUAUAGGAAUUAUUGACGCUAUGGAUGCGAAAACUGACACCUUUAAAGGAUAUGAGCAGUUCAAGGAUUAACUUGCUUAAAACAAUACCAUCCAUAUAACCAAAAUACAAUGUAAUUACUUACUAAAUGACUUACCUGUCUUUAAAUGGAAUGAAAUAUAGUUCACAUGAAAAACAGUAGGGUAAAAUAUAAUUUAACUGAAUAGAAAUUGACUUUUUAAAAAUCAUUGUACAUAGUAAUAAAGAGACAUAAAUCGUCCUGUUUACAUUUUCGUAUUCAUUAUACAAUUUUUUCUAUAGUUUAAUGUACCUAUGUUAAAUGUGUCGCAGUGGUGUAUAAUGUAAGGACCUAUGUCUAAAAUAAAAUGCCAAAUUAAGAGAAUAUUAUAAAAAUCGUGAUCUUCACGUAAUUAUUAAAUUGAGACUAUAAAACGACAAAAUAAAAUGAUUUGACUAAAGA